UACAUAGGCAGGCAGACAUUUUGUAAGCCUGUAAAGCCGAAUAACGCGUUCCUGCCGCAUGAGCCGUAGUACUCUGUCGGAAAUUGUCGAAAUUGCAUUCACCGAACUGCUGCUCGGCUAGCGAAUCGUUAUGCUCGCGGUACAUCGUCAAGUUUCAUCUGGUUGAUGAUGUAGUAUUGUGGAAAGGCUUCAGCGCCGUUACGCCAGCCUGUCCGUCGGUAUAUUACAAUUCAGCCGCUGCACUCAACAGCGCAAUCGUCGGUAUAAGCAUUUUUAUUUCCCUUACGCCGGUCCUUCGUUGUUUCGGGUAUUCGGUUCAACGAAAAUGCUGAAAGAAUUCCCAACGUGUCGAACGCGAGUGAUAUGUGUAACACUGUGUCCCAGUAAAAUAUAAUUAUACACUCGGACGUUUCGAGUUUCCAAAUUUAUACGUGCAUGUGUAUAGUACCGCCCUCCUGCCGCAUUUCCAAACUACCUCAAAGUAUUUUCCCGCCAAGAAGUCUGUUACCCGUUUAAUCUAUCGGAAGAUUCUACCAGCUGUGAAAUACAAUUAACCGGUAUACGUAUAAUCAAAUAUUUUUACAUAUCGUAAGGAUGAAGUGCGGUAUGUGCUGUAAUAUUAUAUAGACGUAGUUGUUGCUACUGUUAUUCAAAUUCAGUGAGUGGCUAUAAUACGAAGGCAGUACGUGCUGUCGGCCAGUCUGUGUAUACAUACGUAGCGUCUACAUAUGUACGGUGUGUAUCUAAUAUGGUAAUUACUAUGAGCGUGAGAUUUAUCAGUAAGUGAAAACUUGUGUCUCCAGCCCAUUCGUGACAUUACCGAAAUCUGGAUUACGCUGACGAAUUACGAAAAGUCAAAAUUAUACCCGUUCGACAAAAAGGUGGCCGGAUAGACAGAGAUGGCAUGAAGGAGGGUUCUGGCAACGUAACCGAGGUGUUACCAGUGGGAGGUAGCGGGGCUGUGCUGGUGCUUAGCGAACUGGAGAAUAUGGCGGCCAGGCAACAGAGGGAGAUCGCCCAGCAGAAGCGACUCUUGGAGCAGAGGGAAACUCGCCUAGCCGUGCUCCGGGGCGCACAGGUUACAACCACGUCCUUCAAUAUUAUGCACAGAAUUGGGGAGCCAGCACAGCAGGACAGACUGGCAAGGUUGAGGCAUCGUCUAGAUCAACAACAGAGCAAGCUCAAUCGCCUCAGGCUUCUGAGAUCGCAGACUGAUCAGUCAAGAGCGAACAAUGCCACGCUCACGUCCGACCUCGACUGCAUCAGAGCGCUUUUCAAUGAGAAGGAAAAAGAACUGUCGUUAGCGGUAGCCAAAGUGGAAGAGUUGACCCGGCAACUGGAGGAAUUGAGGGGUCGACACAACAAUGGGACCGAACAUCUAUCAACUCCCGCGAGCGCGGAACUUGAAAAACUGCGUAGAGAACUCAUGUACCGUAACAAAAUGAACGAACAGCAAAACCAAGUUGUGUCCCAGCAAAGGUUGGCCUUGGUUCAACGCCAGGCGGAAAUGGCAGCCAUAGAUGCAAGGAUAGCACAACUCCAGGGCCGGCUCCAGCGUAAAAGAGCACUGAACCAACGAUUGAGUCAACAAUUAGGAUCAAAUCAACGCGUCGGUGUGAAUCACUCAAACUUUGCCGAUUCAAAACUUGAGUUUAUUAGCAACAAAACGAGGCCGGCAGGUAACAUCGCUGCCAUAGAGCCAUACUCGCACAUACCUAAUGAUGAUUUUUCAUUGAACAAGAAUGAUCCGAAGUACCAAACAUUGCCGUAUAAUACAAAGUUUGCCGUAAACUUCAAAAUUGACGAUGACGUUAAUAAAAACAAAAUACAACACAGCGCGAGCGCAUCGCAGAUAGGCCAAAGGUCGUUUCAGCAAUACGGACAUCAGAUUGCCCACAGUCAAUCGCAAUCCCACGUCCAAGGCCAAUCCCAGCCGCUGAAGUCACCGACGAUCCUCAACUUUGUGCAUCCAACGAACAAUAACAUAGCCAAAAACAACUUGAGCGUCGCCAGCGCGAGCGUUACCAACACCGCAUCAACCACUAUCGUCACUCCUACCUCUCAUACUGCUGCAACUAUCGCGGUCGCUUUUGGCACUAACGCUAACGAAAGUACGAAAGGUACUACCUCCACCACCAUGAGCACCCCCACUAUUACCACCACCAGCACCACCACUACCAACAGCAACAAUAACGACACAAGCAGCAACAGUAACUGCGGUAAUCAUAGCAAUAGCAGCAUCGGCAACCUUACCACCACAAAUAAUAAUAACAGCAGCAACAUCAACAACAAUAACAACAAUAACCACAACAGCAACAAAAACGACAAUAACAACAGUAACAGCAACAGCAAUGGCAACAACAACAACAACACCGUCUACAGUUUUGGUGAUCAACAAAACUUGAGGAUUCAUAAUCAAAAACAACACGGUGAUGGCAACUCCUGCUCCGGUACAAAUAUUGUCAGCAACGUCGCACAAUCUCUUUCGCACAAUCAGAACUACAGAUCUAUGACGUUUCAUCAGAAGCCCGUAUCUAGCGUGGCACCCAGUUUUCCGGUAAAAUCGCCUAUUUAUCAGACAUCUUCGACAAAGAUUCAUCCCGUAAUGCCACAGACAUUGAGCUUGAUAGGCCACGGACAAUUACCAGCCACGCAAGCUUACAACUCAAAUGGCCAAGAGCACAACUAUUUCGCGAACCAAAGACAAAACUUCGCAGCCGUCAAUCAAGCGCAUAUAUCUCAAGGUAGUGGAAUCAGCGAUAACAUAUAUAAUAAUCAAUCACAAAGUUCAUCGAAUCUUUUGACGAACGGAACAAGUCUUACACAAUGCUCGGCGAAUUUACAAGCCAACUACUCCGGCAAUCCCUUCGCUCAAAGUCAGAAUCAAACUCAAAUUCACUGUCAGCAGAACCAGCAAUUAUCGCCAAACACGAAUUCUAGUAAUGAUGCGCAAAACGACAACGUGAUCAAGGCAGAUUCCGUAACGAAGAUUGACCAAAAUAUAGUCAAGUACGAUAAUUUACAAUCCCAGUUUGACGAGCGGCGAGAAUCGAUAAAACCUUACGAACAACCGGCAAGGCAUGAUCAAACCCAUGGUAAAUACGACCAUAUGCAAAUAAAAUAUGAGCAGCAACAAUUAAAAUUUGAUCACUCCGCAAAGUAUAAUGACAACAAUCAACUCUUGGCCAAGUAUGAACAUGUACAAUCAUUGCAACAAUUCAAACAGGAACAAAGUCAUUCAAUAUUUGAUAACGCAGCUGGACAUAUGUUGCUUCAGAACUCAAAGUUCGACCACCACACGGCAAAGUAUGACCACCCUACCAAAUUCGAACUUUCCGGAAAUAAAUUACCGGAUAAAUCAUACGAGUACGAACGACUGAAGUAUGACUCUGACCGGAGGCUCACAAGGGGGGAUGAUAAGAUCAAGCCUGCUCUACCACCGAAACCUAACAAACCCAACCCUCCGCCCAGAUUGAUUCACCACGAGAAAGUCGAAGUCAGUUCCGAUAUCGCCGAUGGAAAGGCCUUGGUUGUCGUUGGCGCGAGGGUGGAAACGGACGAAGACAUACCUCCAAUCCCAACCUCGGAACCCCCGGAAUCACCUACGGACGUCCAGAGUCAUCAAAUAAUCAAGGCGCGACCGUUGGCGCUGAAGAAGGCUUCCCUCGCCGACCAACCCAAGCUCAGAUACUCAAAGUCAAAUGUCCACGUAUCUAUAAACAGACGUAUUGAGAUGCCCCCCGCAUUCCUUUUUCCUGAAACGGAAAUACCUGCGGAUCUCAUGCAAAGUGAUCAGAUUGAAUUGCCGGAAAACAGUGGGAUUAAACGAAGACCUGAGUCCGCGGAAAAAGUGGAUCAAUUAGAACAGCCGAACAAUGAGCGACCGACGGAGGAAUGUGACAUCGUCGAUGCGUUGAACGUCCUGAAUGCCGACGAGAGACAACCGUUGCAAGGCGGUGGCGAGAAACUCGCGUCCAAGGGUACCGGUAACAACAACAACGACAUGGUCGAUCGCGGCAGGACGGACAGUGACCAACAUCAAGACUGCUCCAAAGCUGACGUGAUAAGGAGGAAAAAGGGUAAUCUCAAAUCUACGACGGGAAAAGCUAACGUCUCACGCAGGGUAUCGUUCGAUCCUCUUGCCUUGUUAUUGGACGCCAGUCUCGAGGGUGAAUUGGAAUUAGUGAAGAAGACAGCGAAGGAGGUCGCAAACCCGAGCUCCGCAAAUGACGAGGGUAUAACCGCUCUCCACAAUGCAAUAUGCGCGGGACAUUUGGAGAUCGUCAAGUUUCUCGUAGAGUUCGGCUGCGACGUAAACGCGCAAGAUAGCGAUGGAUGGACACCGCUGCAUUGCGCAGCCAGCUGCAAUAAUCUAUCGAUGGUAAGAUUUCUGGUUGAGCACGGAGCAUGCAUAUUUGCUACGACGCUCUCCGACCACGAGACCGCUGCCGAAAAGUGUGAGGAAGAUGAAGAGGGUUUUGACGGCUGCUCUGAAUACUUAUACAGCGUGCAAGAGAAACUGGGCAUAAUGAACAACGGACAGGUGUAUGCGGUAUUCGAUUAUGAUGCGCAGCACAGCGACGAGCUUUCCUUGAAAAAUGGCGACUCCCUGGUUGUGGUCAGGAAAGGUGACGACAACGAGCGAGAAUGGUGGUGGAGCAAGCUCGCGCACCGCGAGGGAUACGUACCACGAAAUUUACUCGGGCUCUACGCACGAGUCCAACCGGCGAAGAUGGACUAGAAGACUUUCACGCUUCAAAAUUUAACCGUGGCUGGUCGGAAAGUUCGAUGCCGCUAACACGCAAAUGAGCGAUCCACUUAUCCCCGUAGAUCUCUCUCUACUACUCACGAUCCUACUCACUGACAAUGAGCGUUCAGAUCACGAGCUGCCACCUGUCUUGUACGAUACAGUUUAUCUUUGAGCAGGCCCCUGAAGACCGCUUUACACGGGGUGAGAUUCCUACCCACCCUUACGAUUUUUUUUUCAACCAAGUAUUAUUUGUUAUAGAGGUCCCACACGAAACAUUUACCCUUAAUGGACGUACCAUGGAUAUCCAUGAUGGAUAUGCUAUACCCUUAUUAGGCAUACAUCUCAUGCAACUGACAAUGAAAUGAAGCACAUUAGAGCUCUAUGAGACAUUCAAAUGUCCGCUUAUUAUACGUCUCGUAGAACAGUACUAGACAUCCACACACAUCUCCAUUAGAGAUCUUGUGGAUUUUGUGGAAAAGAAAUUUGGACCUCCAAUGGACGUUCUUUCUAUCUAUUAUUCAUGAGCAAUCUCAAUCUUAUACGAUCUUAUAAAUCUUAGAUCUAUUAUAGAUACGUAGAGUUCCAUUAGAUAGCCACAUAGAUCUUCAAUGGAAAUAUAAUGGAUUUUUUGGGGUAGGAAAUUAAUACCUUAGUCGACGUUAUUUUUAUAUCAUCUACUCUUGUUUACGUAUCAUAAAAAAUAUUAAAACAUGAUCAUGUGUACAUUUUGUUCGGCCCUAGACAAAAAGUCCAAGGCCUAUGCAAUAUAAAGUAGGCACUUGAGAACAGCUAUCAUAAAUCUGUUAAUACCGGACGAAAUUCGAUGCAAACGAAAGGGUACCAUUGCUGGGGAUUUGUACAACUUGGCGCUCUCUUUUAUGACGAAAGAAGAUAGCGACGAUUUGUCGCCUGGUGGUUGUCUAUGGUACCUCUACUUAUGUGCAUGGAUAUUCAUAGCAUCCAAUAGAUAUCCAUCACCGGCUUCAAUCUGACCCGUAGAUAUUGUGGAUUUCUGUAGAUGUCUAUUAGAGAUACACCAUGGAUAUGUACCAUUUGUGGAGCUAUGGAUCCUGUAUGGACCUCUAAUAGAUGAGCUGUUCCGUGAGGGGUAUAAUGAGGUAAUACAAAGAUAUAUCAGCGCAUAGUCUAUAGAGUUGGCUAACAAUAAGUGACAACCUCUAUUCUCAAAUUUAUACAUUUUCGAGGGAAACGUGUAAGGCGUUAGUAGUGCGACUAUAUUUAGGCAAUUCUUUCGGCCCGGCCGGCGAGGGGGGUUUUCUUAUUGUUGUUUAAAAAUCCCAAUGAAGAAAUUAUAGCAACUGGUAUCGUGAUAAUCCAUACGAAUUGGUUCAAAUACGACUGGGCUGGUUGGUAGAGCCAGGUCGAGUUAUGUAUGAGGGAUAUUGAAACGGGAUCUUAAUCGUGUUGAUGGAAUAUUAAUUAUGUAUAGAAUUCGAUAGAAAUUAUCACAUACAUUAGCCGACUAGUACCAAUCCCCAUUCAGAGAGAAAUGUCUCAAUUUUUAAAUAUACGAUUAAAUCCAAUAAAAAUUUAAAUCGACCUGCAUUGUUGUUUUUAAUCAGGGCUGAAGGUAUUCAUUCUUGCGGUUUUAAGCCUAGAAUAUUGGAUUGUUAACCUCCUUUCCCUGUGUAAGGGAGAUGUAAUUCUGUAAUAUGUCAUGAACGUCAUGAAUGACCCCGUACACGUAACACCAUUAGCCAUUACUGAGUCCCAAUAGUAAAUUCCUGUAGUUUCAGCCAACUGUCAGGCGAUCGCCUCCAAAACAUAAAUUUACAGUUAGAUGGCCGACGGUAGCAGCAAACUACUAAUCUCUGCUUGUUCAGAUUUAAUCAUGAUUUUUUCCUGACAAAAAUUCAUUCAGCCAGCCUCGUCAUGAGAUGGGCAUCCUCCUCCUAACUGCGCUACCCCCACCCCCACCACAGUACAUGAUUGGGAUUUUAAAAACUCUUACGUUCUGUCCACUUGUCCAUAGAAUGAAUAGCUAGGUACGGUCGGUCAUGUAAAAAUUUUUACUUACGAGUAUAACAACUUAGAGAUUUGCUUCAACUAAAUAUUUCAGUUUAGUCGAAGUCAAAUAUUGGUUUCCUAAAAAUUUCUUUGGGGUUUUCCCUCUGAAAUUUUCAAUAUCCAACGUUCUUCGAAUUGGACGCAUAUCCCGUUGACUGAAGAUGUAUAAAGACUGCCAGCCUUACGGCCUUUAGCAUGCCAGUGAUGAAGGUGCAUUGGAAACAAAAUUGCAGUAUUCUGCUAUGUCAAUUCGAUUUUACAUUGGAAUCCCAUAGGACGGGCUGGUAAGUGCAUGGUGGUACAAUUGCUCCCAAACCCACCCAGACCCGAUCAACCAUUACGAAAAAUAAUCCAGGGUGAACAAUUUUUGUGUAUCUUCAGUCAACGCAUUACCUGGCAACUGUAUGCUUUGGGCUUGACAAUCUAUUAUUACAUAGUUUGUACAUAAAUGGUGUUAAAUAGGCCACAAGAAUCUCUGGAGGUAAGGUUCCCUAUCCAUAAAGUUGGAACCAAAUAACAUGAGCACUACCUACUGAUAACAUAGAUUCUGAGUAGGCAGUAGAAAAAGGUCACAACAAAAUGAAGGCACCUUCUGCUUUCAGCUUUACGAAUAGGGCACUCCACUCCGAUGUUAUUAUAAUUAUAGUUAUUGUUAUUAUACAAAGAAACUGCUUAAGCCUUCUAGCAUAAGCAAAUAGACCAUCCUAUUAUAUUGUUACAAUAUUAUAAUCACACGGUUAUCAAAAGCUGAAAAAAAAGAAUACCUACGGUUUGUUAGCAAAUAAAACAUGUGCCUUCAAAAGUAACAAUUAAUACGUUAAUUCAAAGAAUAGUGAAUUGUAUUAUCAGAAAUAAACUGUUUCUAAUAAUAUUUGAUUAAAUGGGAUUUAAUUUCCUGUAUGAGUUAGAGCACCUAAUUUUACAACUCAUACAUAGAUUUCCCGAACUGCCAAUCUUUACUCACACAUGUUCUUUCAGAACAUUCAAAAUGUAGCAACGGCAGGGAGCGCAUGCUUGGAUUAUCCAAUAGAAGCCAUGCGGAAAACUCAAGGCUAAGAAAUUUACAAGGAAAUAAGCAAGAGAUUAUGAAUAUAUGUAACCCUGUGUUAUGUAUCUCAGACGGAAAAAAAUUUUCUUAAAUUUAAUUCAAGGUUUGUACCAUGUGAAUGUCGAAUAGAAGUUUGUACAUUCAUGUAAAAUCGACACUCGUUUGUACAGAAUGUCAGUCUAAACAAAUCAAGAAACUUACUUAAUAACAAUUGAUUUCAACAACUUUAUAAAAUCUAUUAGAUAUUGACAAAUUUUUGCAACUGUUUAUGCCAUGUACCUAAAAAUAAGGUUGGGGGGAAAAAUGUAUUCAGAACACAGUACGUUAUUCUAGUCAAUAUUUAUUGAAUGAUUCACAGCUUAAAAAAAAUUGAAUAAUGGUUCUGUCCGGAAUAAUCUGUAAUCACAGGCCUGUCGGACGUGCUUAUUGAUCUACUACGUGGUCGAGUAAAAAUAAAUAGCAGUAUACUCCUCACAUUACGAACUAAACUGGUGCUCGCUGUUACGUGAGUACGUCAAUUUUAGGAUAAUUUAAAAUAAUCUUAUGAAUCAUAUCAUAGUAAAGUUGACCCGCUAGUGGCAUUGGGCAACCAAUGACGAUGCUUCAAAUAAAACAUGACAUUUUACGCGCAAAUAGUAUAAAAAUGUUUAGUUGCGUAAACCGUUAAAAGCCACGGAAAAUUUGUCAACAACAAUCAUAUAAGGCACAACAUGGAUUUAGGGAAACCAACCAAUCUGCAAAACUUAUGUAAGAUACAAAAGUUUUGUAGUACGUAAUGGAUUCAUAAAAACUAGCCAAUAAGUCAAAGGUUAUAAGAAUACAGUGAUAAUUGAUAGGUCAUCUGGAAAAUUCACUCGUGUGUUUGAAUCUCAGCGAGAAUCCCACGGUGUACAUGUCUGAAUUGUCACGAUACUGUUUUCUUUUA